CACAGACGUUCCACAAACCAGACAAUGAGGUAGGUUUGAAAGCAUUUGCAAAUAUAUAAAAUGCACAAACUAUACUAGAGCAGCAGCUACAAUUAUCAACAGUCCAUAAUUAUCGACGCCUUUUCAGAUUUACCAGUAAAAACAAUUUUACAAAGGUGAGUUUCAGUUACAACAGUUAUUAUUGGUUAAUUGAUCAAUCAGAAGACCUGCCCUUUGAUCUUGUCGUCUGAUGACACCGCUUGUUACCUGAGAUGGAUUUUUUAUUUUUUUUUUUAAGCACGAUCAACAAUUUGAGGAAAACCCGGAUGUUAUCAUCGCAGGGACAACCCGUCAGUGAUAAAGAGGCGUUUCACGAGUGUGCUGAUUGUGUCAGCUUUGUCUCCACUCUUUGUGUGGGGAUGGAAAGAGUUCACAGGCAUUCAGCCUACACCAUCCUUAUUAGCUCUCAUGGGAAUCCGAUUUGAGGGCCUCAUUCCAGCUGUUAUUCUUCCCCUCAUCCUAACCAUGGUGCUGUUUCUGGGUCCUCUUAUCCAGCUGGCCAUGGACUGCCCCUGGGGCUUUAUUGAUGGAAUCAAAGUGGCUGUUGAUCCACGCUUCUGGGCAUUAUGUCUGAGUGACAUGCGCUGGCUGAGGAAUCAGGUGGUGGCUCCGCUAACAGAGGAGUUGGUGUUCCGUGCUUGUAUGCUACCCAUGCUGGUGCCCUGUGCUGGACCCUCCACUUCCAUCUUCACAUGCCCACUUUUCUUUGGUGUAGCACAUUUUCACCACGUGAUUGAGCUCCUGCGCUUCAGACAAGGGACCAUCUCAGGAAUUUUUCUUUCUGCAGUGUUCCAGUUCUCAUACACAGCAGUAUUUGGAGCUUACACUGCCUUUAUAUUUCUCAGAACAGGUCACUUGGUAGGCCCGGUGUUGUGUCACUCAUUCUGUAACUACAUGGGUUUUCCUGCAUUGAGUUCAGCACUGGAACAUCCACAUCGCCUUACUGUUUUGUUCUUCUAUGUGCUGGGAGUGUUGCUCUUUCUGCUCUGCCUCUUCCCCAUGACUGACCCAAUCUUCUAUGGCUGGCCCACACCCGUCUGUACGCUCGCCUCCUCACUCGGCUCCCUCUGCUCCUAAUUUUCCACAUUCCACACUGUUCUGCUGCUCUACAGGACCCGUGCUGUUUCGCACCCAAGACGUCACCUGUGUCUCCAGGAUGUGCAGUGUAAUGAGGAUUACAAGGGCCCCAUGGAAACAGGUAUGAAAACUCCCACACUGUAUCUGUGGGCAUAUUGGACAAAGUCUGCGUACUCACCAGAUCACCAGAGUUGCUCUUCUGACAUGGAUCGGGUCAAGAAGUCAGACUCUGGGAGAGUUUAGAGAAGACGGGUAUUUAUACAUUGCUGCAUGUUCAUUGUGUUUUAUAAUAUGAUAAUAUAUUUGGGUUCAUUUGGAUAGCGUUUAUUUUAUUGUUCCACUAAGAAGGAUUCUACACUGUAUGUUGCACCACCACAGGAGGAUGGAUGACCUUUUUGUUUUUGCUCAAAUUAACAUAAGCUGCUUUGUCUGGUGCUAGUACUUGAAGAACAGUGUUUUAGAUGCCCUGAAAACUUUAAUUUUACUCAAGUGUUUUUAAAUACACCAUAUAGCAGGACUUGGCUCACUAACAGGUGCAUUUUAAAGCUUCCUCCAACUAUGACUUAUUCACACAAGUUAAAUCUAGGGUUAGUAGGGCAUAGCCUUAUAGCUAGAUAUACAUGUAACUGAGCUCAUGCCAGAUGGCUUAUGUCAUUUAAUUAUAGAUCAAUGCGCAACAGAAAGCUGUGCAUAGAGUCAAAGCUACCUUGUCUGUUUUUGUUGUUGCAGACAGAUAUUUAUAGAAUAUACCAGCUUUCUGCAUGAUGGCAGACCAUUUAUAUAUGGAGAAUUUUUAAUAGCAUAUUUGUUGCAUAUUUACAUGCAUGACUGUGCUUCUAUGAAGUCUGGAUAACCACUAGGGAUGGUGUGAAACACCUGGAAACCUCCUGAUUCACUUGCGCACUCAUGCUAAGCCCUUCCCAGCAGUCACAUUGUGAUGUGACACAUUCCAGCACGUCUUUUCAUAAUACAGCCGUCUUUCUCUGGAACCUUCUUACUGAGCUGGUGGUGGUUCCAAAUAUGGAACCCUGGCAGUAAUCUGGGGUUCAUAAACCCACAGUUGCAUACAUAACUCCCAUUCUGUUUUGCCUCUUCUGACAGACAAAGGUGGUGUGAGACACCUGGAUAGCCUACACCAACAAUAACCCUGAGUACAUGAAUAGUAACACCCAGGUAGCAGCAGUAUAGACUUCUUGGAGCAUCUCUUAAUAAGGCCCAUGGAGGAGACGGUCCUUAUAGAGUGGUAUGUCACCUUUAGGGGCUGGGCACCCAGCCCAUCCUAUAGGAAUAAUUUUGAUACCAACCAAUGGUAUCUGCUUGAAGCCACCCAGCCUCUGUUUAGACAAGGGAGCCCCUCUGUUAUAUUCACCAUAACAAAUAAAUAGUGUCUGAGGAUCAGGUGACUCGUGUCCAAAUGAAACCCUAUUGAGAUGCCAUUUUAUGUUCCUGGUGAGAUGAGGCUGGUUGUGGGUGAAUGCAUCUGAUUGGGCUCUGGCUGUACCAGAGAGAACCAUAUUCAAAAAUGUGUUGACUAGGAAUCAAAAAGGGGACCACCUGCACCUUCGCACACCUUUCCCAGAUAUGGGCUGUCGCUUUUGGGUGCAGAUGUAUGUGCUAUCUUGAGUGUGUCCACUUCACCAGCCUUGGCAGAGUUGCCAUCACUAGGCCAGGCAUGAAUGGGCUUAUCUGGGGAGAUUUUGUGCAAGACAAAAGGAACUGCUCAACCCCUUGCCAACCUGAUGGUUCAUACUGCUAACCAUUACAACACUGUCUGAAUGGACCAACAUAUGGCAUUGACUUGGAACCAGCAAGAAGUUUUUAAGGGUUCGGUGGAUUGCAGUUCCCAAUGGUUGAUGUGUUUGAUGUUUCACCGUUAUCUGGUGGCAGCACACUGCUACCAGCACUUGGCUCUCCCAACAUAAGUUUGGUAGGAGGCAGGGGAUUCCUUUGUGGGCAUUGGAACACCUGCCACAAAAAGGCUCUGAAUAGAUGAUGAAGAAUAAGAACCACCUUUAUUUGUCACAUAUACAUUAGAGCAUGGUGAAAUUCUUUUCUUCGCAUAUCCCAGCUUCCUAACAAGCUGGGCGGAGGAAAGAAAAGAAUCUAGAAAUUAUUUUCUUCAGAGCUCAGGGUCAGUCAUGAUAUGGUGACCUUGGAGCAGAAAGGGUUAAGGACCUUGCUCAAGAGCCCAACAGUGGCAGCUUGGUGGUACUGGGACUUGAACCCCUAACCUUCUGAUCAGUGAUCCAGAGCCCUAACUGUUGACCUCCCACUACUUAUCCUUUUCUUUUUUUUUUUUUUUUUUUUUUUAGGAGGGCAUAGGUUUUGUAAUCUUGAAAUCAAACAUGGCCAUAUGGCUUAUUUGUGUGGCAUGCACUAGGAGAUGUUUCACUCCACCCCCGGAGGUUAGGGGGGUGAAAUGGAAGCACUUUAUGCACAACUAGACUGAUUGCUUUUACAUGUUGUACCUAAGGAAAAGUAUAUUUUUAUUGGUGUGAUACUCAACCUUUUAAUAGUGAGUUUACACUAGGUUUUGAUGCUGAAGCCAUUGAGAUGACAAAGAAAUAACACAAUGACAUGUAUGGUCGUAGAAAAACAAAGGCCAGUAUGUCUUUUCUAACUGAGUCAUCCUUUUUCUUUCUGGUGGAACUCACUCAUAAAAAUUGUCUUAAUGUUUUGUGCAUGAUUGAAGAUGGAGGAAUGUAACCAGUUUUUCCAUUACACUCUGACCACUACUCUGCAUGCUGCUACGCUGCUAGCCUGUGGAUUUUGGAGCUGUACUGAAAUUGAUGUGCAUCGUUUGAUAUUGGCAUGAAAUUGAUCUGAUGCAGAAACUGAUCACCUUGUCAUAUAUGGUUUGUAGCUCAGCAUAGAAAGAGGCAGACUGGUGAAGCAGAUUUGUUUGGAUUUUAUGGGAACUGCUGAUAUUUUGUCUACAUGUAAAAUCUCACCAGGAAUCAAUGUUAGACUUUUUUUUUUCUUUUCAUCCAAAAUAUUUUUAAUGGUUACGUUGGGAAAGAACUGAAUCAUUGUUGGAACUUGCCCAUGCUUAUUUAGUGACUAGAAAUUCACCAGAAUGACUUGUUUAAAUAGGUGCUAUAAUUUUAAUAGUAUUAUUAUUAUUAUUAUUUAUUAUUAUUAUUAUGCUGUGAAGUGUGUAGUUAUUACUGUUGUGUAUGUCAAACUAAACUUCUAGCAAUAAUAAUAGACGAGACCAAAUCAGGGAUUUACAUGUAGUUCAGCUCCAUACUUAGCCUGUAUUAGCUACUGCUGGAUCAUUUUUAAGGAAUGUGCCAUAGUUAAUUUGAUUAAAUGGUUAAAUCUCGGCUUGACGAGUUAAGUUUGUUAUAUGUAUCAUCAAGAACUGACAUGUUUACAUGUGGAGGAAAAUUGCUUACAAAUGCUGCUCUGCAGCUUGCUGCAUAAUUGCUUUUCUGAUGGUAUCAGGUCAGGUUUUGCGCUCCUAUGCUUAUUUUUUAUUUUUUUAUUUUUUUGUAGGCCUCAGUCAUCAGAGCUGUAUCACAUUUUAUUUGCGUUUUGAAAAGAGCCAUCAUUAUGCUCAUGUUACCUCCUAGAAUAAAGUCUAGAAAUAAGACUAAUUGUCAGCAGUAAUCUCUAGGAGUUAGUGGGAGGGGACCUUUGUCAAGCCUGUGUUUAAUCUAAAGGGUUUUUUUCCCUUCUAAAUAAGGGUUUUAAAAUGUACUAAAAUUUCUGUUAAUAGAACAGUCAAACAUGUCUAGGAAUUUUUUGUCUGUCCACUUGUCAGUGAAGGUAGCAGGGAGAAGAAGCAUGUCACUCCAGUGACUGAUUACUUGUGGAACUGAAUUGUUUCAGUGGUUUUUUUUUUUUUUUUUUGUGUGUGUGUCUACGCUCAGCAUGCGUCAGGCGUGGUCUCUUGUGGCAUAAUUUUAAUCUUUCCUUAAUGUUGGAAAGCCUACUGUUCUUUAACUAAUGUAGCUUCUUGGGGUGGAUUUUUGUGAUUUUUGUUCAAAGCAAUUCUUGUUGCAUAGUCUUAAAUUGAUUGAUUUUAAAACCUUUUUGUUUGAAAAGUAUGUUCUUUCCUUACAUUACUGUCAAUUUGCUCUCUUUAAUUUCUUACUUAAAUGGUUUGGCAGCCAGACAUUUACAGUGGAUAUAAAAAGUGUACACACUCCUCUUAAAAUGGCAGGUUUUUGUGAAGUAAAAAAAUGAAUCUUGGAUAAAUCAUGUCAUCAAAUUUUCUACCCUAAAUGUGAAAUUGCACCAUCUCAUCUCAUUAUCUGUAGCCGCUUUAUCCUUCUACAGGGUUGCAGGCAAGCUGGAGCCUAUCCCAGCUGACUACGGGCGAAAGGCGGGGUACACCCUGGACAAGUCACCAGGUCAUCACAGGGCUGACACAUAGACACAGACAACCAUUCACAUUCACACCUACGGUCAAUUUAGAGUCACCGGUUAACCUAACCUGCAUGUCUUUGGACUGUGGGGGAAACCGGAACACCCGGAGGAAACCCACGCGGACACGGGGAGAACAUGCAAACUCCACACAGAAAGGCCCUCACCAGCCACGGGGCUCGAACCCGGACCUUCUUGCUGUGAGGCGACAGCGCUAAUCACUACACCACCGUGCCGCCCCGAAAUUGCACCAUAUAAAAAUUAAUUUAAACGCAAAUAAACAUUUUAGGGGAAAUAGGAAAAAUUAAAAAGUUACAGUAAACUAGUUGCAUAAGUGUGCAUACCCUGUUAUAACUGUGGAUGUGGCUGUGGUCAAAAUGAACCAAUCACGUUCUCUUUAAUCUUCAAAAAUAAAUAAUUUUCAUCAGGCCUGUAGUACUCAAGUUUGACUCGUGCCCUCAUUUUAAGGACUUGUGACUUGACUUGGACUUGAGCACUGAUUACUUGGACUUGUAAGUCGGAGAUGAGGACUUGGAUUUUUUUCUUUAUUUUUUGUAACAUGCCAUAAUAAUUUGGUAUAAGGUAUUUAUAUCUACAUUAAUUUUUGUACUAAUUUCAUGCAAGAGUGUCACACCUGCGCGGCUUGGCACGUACAUCAGAUAGACUCUUGGGCGCGCUCCAGACAGUGCACGUGCCAAGCAGAUUCUUGCGUGCGCCCUAAACAACUCGCACCUGCACAGGAUUAAGGUUCAAUCAGUGCGCUUAAAUAAAAACUGUGAAAACACACUUACUUUGCAAAGUAUUGAGUUGUGUUGCUGAUACAUUACUGAGCCUUGUUUCCUGAUCCCUGAUUUCCUGUUUCUCGUCUUUGAUUCUGCUGAGUCUACUAUAGCCUGUUUGUGCCUCGCUUGACCUAUUGUCUCUCGUCUCGUCUUCUUCCGCUUAUCCGGGACCGGGUCGCGGAGGCAGCAGUCUAAGCAUGGAAGCCCAAACUUCCCUUUCCCCAGACACUUCGGCCAGCUCCUCGGGAAGUACACCGAGGCGUUCCCAGGCCAGCCGAGAGACAUAGUCCCUCCAGCGUGUCCUGGGUCUUCCUCGGGGCCUCCUCCCGGGGGGACAUGCCUGGAACACCUCCCCAGGGAGGCGUCCAGGAGGCAUCCGAAAAAGAUGCCCGAGCCACCUCAGCUGAUUCCUCUCGAUGUGGAGGAGCAGCGGCUCUACUCCGAGCUCCUCCCGAGUGACUGUGCUUCUCACCCUAUCUCUAAGGGAGCGCCCAGCCACCCUGCGAAGGAAACUCAUUUCGGCCGCUUGUAUCCGCAAUCUUGUUCUUUCUGUCACUACCCAAAGCUCAUGACCAUAGGUGAGAGUCGGAACGUAGAUCGACCGGUAAAUUGAGAGCUUCGCCUUUUGGCUCAGCUCCUUCACCACGACGGACCGGUAAAGCGACCGCAUCACUGCGGAGGCUGCACCGAUCCGCCUGUUGAUCUCACACUCCAUCCUUCCCUCACUCGUGAACAAGAUCCCGAGAUACUUAAACUCCUCCACUUGAGGCAGGACUUCUCCACCAACCUGGAGAGGGCAAGCCACCCUUUUCCGGUCGAGAACCAUGGCCUCGGACUUGGAGGUGCUGAUUCUCAUCCCAGCCACUUCACACUCGACUGCAAACCGCCCCAGUGCAUGCUGAAGGUCCUGGUUUGAAGAAGCCAACAGGACAACAUCAUCUGCAAAAAGCAGAGAUGAAAUCCUGUGGUUCCCAAACAGGAUUCCUUCCGGCCCCUGGCUGCGCCUAGAAAUUCUGUCCAUAAAAAUUAUGAACAGAACCGGUGACAAAGGGCAGCCCUGCCGGAGUCCAACAUGCACUGGGAACAGGUCUGACUUACUGCCGGCAAUGCGAACCAGACUCCUGCUCCGUUCGUACAGGGACCGGACAGCCCUUAGCAAAGAGCCCCGAACCCCAUACUCCCGAAGCACCCCCCCACCGAAUACCACAGGGGACAUGGUCAAAUGCCUUCUCCAGAUCCACAAAGCACAUGUGGACUGGUUGGGCAAACUCCCAUGAACCGUCGAGCACCCUAUGAAGGGUAUAGAGCUGGUCCAGUGUUCCGCGACCAGGACGAAAACCGCAUUGUUCCUCCUGGAUCCGAGGUUCGACUAUUGGUCUAAUUCUCCUCUCCAGUACCUUGGAGUAAACUUUCCCUGGGAGGCUGAGAAGUGUGCUUUCCCCUAUAAUUGGAGCACACUCUCCGGUCCCCUUUCUUAAAAAGAGGGACCACCACCCCAGUCUGCCACUCCAGAGGCACUGUCCCCGACCGCCACGCGAUGUUGCAGAGGUGUGUCAACCAAGACAGCCCCACAACAUCCAGAGACUUGAGAUACUCAGGGCGGAUCUCAUCCACCCCCGGUGCCUUGCCACCGAGGAGCUUGCAAACCACCUCAGUGACUUCGGCUUGGGUAAUGGACGAGUCCACCUCUGAGUCAUCAGCCUCAGUCUCCUCAGUGGAAGACAUGAUGGUGGGAUUGAGGAGAUCCUCAAAGUAUUCCUUCCACCGCCCGACAAUGUCCCCAGUUGAGGUCAACAGCUCUCCACCCGCACUGUAAACAGUGUUGGCAGAGUACUGCUUCCCCCUCCUGAGGCGCCGGAUGGUUUGCCAGAAUUUCUUCGAGGCCAACCGAUAGUCCUUCUCCAUGGCCUCCCCGAACUCCUCCCAGUUCCGAGUUUUUGCCUCCACAACUGCCCGAGCUGCAGCACGCCUGGCCUGCCGAUACCAGUCAGCUGCCUCAGGAGUCCCGGAGGUCAACAUGGCCCGAUAGGACUCCUUCAGCUUGACGGCAUCCCUUACUUCCGGUGUCCACCACUGGGUUCGGGGAUUGCCGCCACAACAGGCACCGGAGACCUUGCGGCCACAGCUCCGAACAGCUGCGUCCACAAUGGAGGUAGAGAACAUGGUCCACUCAGACUCAAUGUCCCCCGCCUCCCUCGGAAGCUGGGAAAAGCUCUCCCGGAGGUGGGAGUUAAAGACCUCCCCAACAGAGUGCUCGGCCAGACGUUCCCAGCAGACCCUUACCAUACGUUUGGGCCUGCCAGGUCUGUCCAGAUUCCUCCUCCGCCAGCGGAUCCAACUCGCCACCAGGUGGUGAUCAGUUGACAGCUCAGCCCCUCUCUUCACCCGAGUGUCCAAGACAUGGGGCCGGAGAUCAGAUGAAACGACUACAAAGUUGAUCAUCGACCUCCGACCUAAGGUGUCCUGGUGCCACGUGCACUUAUGGACACCCCUAUGCUCGAACAUGGUGUUCGUUAUGGACAAACCGUGACUAGCACAGAAGUCCAAUAACAAAACACCACUCGGGUUCAGAUCGGGGAGGCCGUUCCUCCCAACCACGCCCCUCCAGGUGUCACUGUCGUCACCCACGUGAGCAUUGAAGUCCCCCAGUAGCACAAUGGAGUCCCCAGUCUGAGCACCCCUCAGUACCUCUCCCAGGGACUCCAAGAAGGCCAGAUACUCUAUACUGCUAUUUGGCCCGUAGGCACAAACAACAGCAAGAGCCCUCUCCCCAAUCCAAAGGCGCAGAGAGGCGACCCUCUCAUUCACUGGGGUAAACUUCAACACAUGGCGGCUGAGCUGGGGAGCUAUAAGCAAGCCCACACCAGCCCGCCGCUGCUCACCACGGGCGACUCCAGAGAAGUGGAAAGUCCAGCCCCUCUCGAGGAGCUGGGUUCCAGAGCCCAAGCUGUGCGUGGAGGUGAGCCCGACUAUCUCUAGCCAGUACCUCUCAACCUCCCGCACAAGCUCAGGCUCUUUCCCCCCCAGCGAAGUGACAUUCCAUGUCCCAACAGCCAGCCGCUGUGUCCGGGGAUCAGGUCGUCGAGGCCUCUGCCUUCGACUGCCACCCAAUCCACAUUGCACCAAUCCCCUACUGCUACCUCUGUGGGUGGUGAACCCACAGGAGGUCGGGCCCACAUCACCUCUUCGGGCUGAGCCCGGCCGGGCCCCAUGGGCAAAGGCCCGGCCACCAAGCGCUCGCAUACGAGCCCCAACCCCGGGCCUGGCUCCAGGGUGGGGCCCUGGCUGCGUCAUACCGGGCGACGUCACGGUCCUUGCUUUUUUCUCCAUAGGGGUUUUUGGUGAACUGCUGUUGGUCUGGCCUGUCACCUAGGACCUGUCUGCCUUGGGAAACCCUGACAGGGGCAUAAUGCCCCCGACAACAUAGCUCCUAGGAUCAUUCAAGCACACAAACCCCUCCACCACAAUAAGGUGGCAGUUCUAGGAGGGGUGGCAGUUCUAGGAGGGGGUAUAGUGACCUAUUGUCUGUUUCACCAUUUUACAAUUUUGCCUGCCAUUCUGGAUUGUUCACCUGUCUUCACUUGUAUUAAUAAACGCACCUUCUACACUUACACCCGUCUCCCAACCAUCUCUGACAGAAUACUUCACACUCCCUAACAAAGAGAAUCACAUUAACCUGUUCAUACGUCAUAUUCAGGAACAAACUAAUGUUCAUGGCGCUAAAACAGCCACCGUCACAUGGUGCGGUUGGAGUCUUGUUCUCGGCUCAGAUCAAUAGUGGACUCGGCUUGGACUUGACUCAGUUUUGUUUAAUGACUUGGACUUGAACACUGGGGACUUGAGACUGGACUCGGACUUUCAUAUAACUGUCAUUGAUGAAAUAAUUCUGAUUAACACCAAAUAAAGAGCAGCUGUAGGAUUUUCUUGACAUCAUCUUGGAUUCAUCUGACUGCUGAAGCCUUUUUUCCCCCCCCCUCCCCAUUUUGGUUGAGCACCACCCGAACUGAUUAUCGUAUCAUCAGCUUUUCUUUGGCCAGUCAGACAUAAGGUAUACCACCACUCUUGCUGGAGUAGUUGGGGUUAGGUACCUUGCUCAAGGGCACUUCAGUCAGUUCUGCUGGUUCAGGGAAUUGAACCAGCGACGUUUUGAUCCCAAAGCUGCUUCUCUAACCAUUAGACCAUUGCUUCCACAUGAGCCGCAAAAAGCUUACAAACUGUGUAGUUUAUCUCGCUUGCUGAAAGCCAUUGAUCAGGACAGGGGUAUAAAAGAAUUCCCAAAAUACUAGAUAUACCGUGGAACGCCAUGAAGGCAAUAAUCAAGAAGUGGAGAAAAUAGGGCACCAUGAUGCCAUUACAAAGAACCUUCCAAAAUGUACAAAAAGGCAAGACAAAAGCUUCCCAGGGAGGCUGCAAAGAGACCUACAACCAUAUUGAAGGAGCUGCAGGAAUUUCUGACAAGUACUGAUUUACUCUUUGCAUGUCGCACUAAUCCUCUUGUAUUCUUCACAUGUCUGGGCUGUGGGGUAGGGUGCUUAGAUGGAGGCCCUUCCUCAAUAAAACAUCCAAGCCCAACUAAAUCAUGUGGCAAAAUUUGUUAUGGUCUGAUGAGACCAUAUGCUUGGCGCAAAAAACAACACAUCACCUAAAGAACACCAUACCUAAAGUGAAGCAACAUCAUGCUACAAAGCUCGCCCCCCCUCUUUUUUUUUCCCCCUUCUCCCUAGCCAGAACUGGGCCUUUUAUCAAAGUGGAGGGAAUCAUGAAUAGCAACAGAUUUUAGUGCAAAACAUUUCGGGCAUCUGCUAGUAAGCUGAAGGUGAAAAGGAAUUCAGCACAUCAGUGAUCCAAAUUGACAAAGGUAUGGCUUAACCAAAAGAUCAGUGUAUUUGGAUGGCCCAGUCAGAGCCUAGACCUGAUCCAUCUAGAAUGUUUUUGCAAGAAGGACUGGGAAAAUAUUGCCAAGUUAUGAUGUGCCAUGCUGAUAGAUUCUUACCCUAAAAGACUGCGUGAGCGGUGUAAUAAAAUCAAACGCCAUUUCAACAAAGCAUUAGUUGACGUGUGCACAUUCAUGCAACUAGGUGGUGUUUUUUUUUUUUUCCCCUUAAAAAUUUUGAUUGUUUUUCACUUUGAGUUGUUUGCAAUUUCACAUAUUUGUCACAAAAACCUGCCAUUUUAACAGGGGUGUGUAAACUUUGUACCCACUGUACAUCUGAAGAUAUGAAUCUUCACUUGAGCAAAUAUGCUUUCAAUACACACCCACGGACAGGAGGAGCAAUAGACAUUAGAAUUUAUUUUUUCAAAUGCACACGGUUAUGUACUAUUUCAGUAGGAUAACAACAGUAAGCAGGGUUUGGAUUAAAGAACACUGCUAUACAAAUGUACUGUUUUAUAACAAGACUUGUAAUUAUCAGUAGUUCAGAUGUUUAUACUGAGAACUAUAUUUUAUAAUCAAAUGUAUUUUGGUGUCACAUGGAGGGUUAAUGUACAUGCAAGAUGUUUUUGAGCAAGACCAUGUGCAAUGCAGUUAACACACUGAAGGACAAAUAUUUUUUGACAAUCUUUUGAGGGUCUUUCAAAUUGCUCAUCAAAAACUGU